ACAGUGGGUGUGUCCCAGAGAACGACGUGGGCGGAGUUAGAGGUUCUGAGCGGACCGCGCCUCCAUUCAUGCCGUACUGAGAGCGCUCCCGGAGCCUGCCCUCCCUAUCACACCGGAGAACAUGCUGCGGGCGUGCAGAAAGGCCCAGGCGGCGGUGCUCGCCAAGGAAUGCUUGUGUGGCAGAAUAUCCCUCCGUCCCUUACGUGCCUCCAGAAGCUACUCUACCACUGGAUCAUCUGGUUCCUCUGCUGCAAAGAUCAUUGGUGCCGGCAUUUUAUUCACAGGCGGAGGCAUUGGGGGCACUGUUCUGUACGCUAACUGGGACCCUCGAUUUCGAGAGAAUGUUGAGAAGACUGUCCCUUACUCCGACAAGCUGUUUGAGUUGGCUCUCGGGCCUCCUGCUCCAGCCAGUCUGCCUCUGCCAAAGAAACCACUGAAAUCAGGUCCGCUUCAGAUUUCCUCUGUGUCUGAAGUGAUGAAGGAAUCCAAGCUGCCCAAGAAAGAGAAGGGCGAGGCUCCUCUAACACCACCUCCUCCCCCACUUACUGAAAGUUUGGAUUUGGAAGCGUCAUCUCAUGUAGCGCAAAUCAUUUCGGCAACUGGAGAAGCUUUGUCCGUUCCAGCUUCAGUCGUUCAUGAGGAAGAGUCUCCCAAGAUCCCAGAGCCAGUUGAGGCAGCAGUCACUUCAGAGGAGCACUGCAAGGAGUGUGACCAUGACACUACGCAUAAGUUGAAAGAACGUCCUGCUGAAGAGGUAGCUGCUCGCCUUGUUCAGCAAGAUAAAGAAGAACAGGAAAAAAUCAAAUCUUUAGUUGCAUCAUUAGAGGAGGCGCUCAGCAACACUGCGCGGGUUACAGUGCAAGCAAUCAGCACCCAGGAGGCAGCAGUGCAGGCUGUUAAUUUCCAUGCACAGAAGCUCAAAGAAGCCAUGGAUGAGAACCAGAUUUCUGCUGACAAAAAGUCCUUGCAGUGGCACGAUUUAGAAGAUGCCCUGAAGCUACGAAGCAAGUCUGUUGAUGAAGCAGCGGAUUCUCUGCUGAAGGCAAAGGAGGAGAUUGAGCGAAUGCAGAGUAUCAUUGGUGAUUCUAAGAAGAGCCUCAUUAGUGGAGCCAAGCCUCACAUCAUUUCAGCAGAGGAGAACUUGCACCGCAUGAUUGUCGAUCUGGACAAUGUUGUUAAAAAGGUGCAAGCCGCUCAGUCUGAGGCAAAGAUCGUGGCCCAGUACCAUGAGCUGGUGUCACUGGCACGGGAGGAGUUUCAGCGAGAGUUGGACAGUGUCACUCCUGAAGUUCAGCCUGGCUGGAAGGGAUUAAAAAUAUCCGAUUUAGCGGGGAAACUGAGCACAGACGACCUGAAUUCCCUGAUAGCCCACGCCCACCGGCGCAUCGACCAAUUGCACAGGCAGCUGGCGGAGUACAGAGUGAAAGAGCAGGGGCAUAUCGAGGCCGCUUUAGAGAAGCAGAAACUGGAGGAUGAAAAGGCGCUGGAGACUGCGGUUUCCAAGGCACUGGAGCACCACCGAGUUGAAAUUCACCUGGAGCAGGAAAAAAAGGUGGAGGAAGUCCGAGAGGUGAUGGAGGCAGAGAUGAGAACCCAGCUGCGCAGACAGGCGGCCGCUCACAACGAUCACCUAAGGGAUGUCCUGAAUGUCCAGGAGCAGGAACUGAAGGCAGAAUUCCAGCAGUCAUUAUCAGAGAAACUGACCGAGCAAGAGAUGCAGUUUAAACGGCUGGGCCAGGAACAGCUGGACGGCUUCACGCUGGACAUUAACACGGCCUAUUCCCGACUGAAGGGCAUUGAACAAGCUGUUGAGGGGCAUGCGGCUGCUGAGGAAGAAGCCAGGAAAGCCCAUCAUUUGUGGCUGUCGGUGGAAGCCCUGAAAUUCACCAUGAAGACGGCAGCUGGCGACAGCCCCACGGAACCACUUGAAACUGCCGUCCAGGGCAUCCGAUGCAGCUGUUCCAACAAUGAAUUCACAGAAGCCUUGACUGCGGCUAUUCCCCAAGAAUCCUUGCACCGGGGCGUGUACAGCGAGGAGUCCCUGAGAGCGCGCUUCAGCUCCGUCCGUAAAUUAGCCCGCAAGGUUGCCUUGAUCGAUGAAACCAGACACAGUUUGUACCAGUAUUUUCUAUCCUACUUGCAGUCCCUUCUUGUUUUCGAGCCUAAGGAGCUGAAACCACCAACUGAACUCAGCCCCGAAGAUCUUGACACCUUCAAAUUACUCUCUUACGCCUCUUACUGCGUGGAACGCGGAGAUCUAGAAUUGGCGGCUAAAUUUAUCAAUCAGCUAAAAGGCGAGCCCAGAAGGGUGGUCCACGAUUGGCUGAAUGAAGCCCGGCUAACGCUGGAAACAAAACAAGUCAUAGACAUCCUGGCGGCCUAUGCCAGUGCCGUGGGCUUGGGCACAACGCAAGUACAGUAAUGGACAUGGAAGAAAAUGAAGAAAUUUAAACGUUUUUUUGUUGCAGUGUUGAAAUCCAUUAUCCCGGCACCUAUAUAAAUAACCUCUUAAGUUCCCAGUUGUUAAUUAUUUACCCAAACAAUCAAACAAGUACCAUUUUGUUGCACUCCGCUACCGGCUACCCAAAAGUGGCUUGUUAUCAUGUCCGCUAAACCCUUUGUUAUCGAUCCUUAGGUUUUAAGUUUCCAGGUUUCACUGAUCCAACCCGAAUGAUACCAUCUACUGCUGUCAAGCUUGGUGCACACAAAUAAACAGAAAUAAAGACAAAACAAUAUAUUUUUGCCUUUAUUAAUCAAUUGGA